GUUAUUUUAAAAAUGGCGUGGAUGCGAAACACGCUGACGAAGGGUUCCAAAAUAUUUCAAGAUCUACAGGCUUUACAUAUAAAACAAAAUGCAUUAAUUGAUAGAGGAUUUGCUUCUGUAUGCCUGCACCAUAGACCUGAUAGGUACCAAAAAACUGGAGUCUUGGAUGUUCGAAUUUAUCAGUCUCGGUCUAUGGCUAGGGGUAAUUUCUUUUCUAAAGUUUAUGAAAAUAUAAAGCAGGAAUUUGAUAAAAAUAAAGAGAUGAAGGAAAGUGUAAAAAAAUUUAGAGAAGAGGCCGACAAACUAGAAAAAUCGGAAGCAUUGGAAAAAAUUAGACAAAAAUAUCAAGAAAUGGAUAAGGAAAAAUCUGAAAUUUUUGAAUCCUUAACACAGAAAUUAGAGGAAGCUAAACAGACAGAAAGUGUGAAAAAAUUAACUGAAGAAGUGAGCAAACAUGCAGAAAAAAUUGGAGAGGUAGCUGGAAAAGUGUCAGAAACAGUUGGUCGAGGCAGUGAGCAACUUGGAAAAAUAGGACCCAUCAAAAAUAUAAAAGAGGGUGUAGGCACGAUUUCUUCUGAAUUUCAAAAAAGUACAAUAAUUUAUGAAGCCCCAGUUGAACUACGUAAACGAUCAGACUAUUUAGUUAAUAAUCCAGAGGAUGAAAAGAUCAUUGCACCUGAUGAAGAGAGCACUGGCAUGGUAAUGCAUAAAGAUUCCAGGUGGUCUCAAAGUUGGCAGAAUUUUAAAGACAGCAACCAGUAUGUUCAUAAAUUAUUUGACCUUAAAACUAAGUAUGAUGAAAGUGAUCAUUUAGCAGUGCGGAUGACUAGGGCAUUCACAGACAGAAUUGGCAGUGUAUUUGGAGGGAUGCUUCAGCCAACAAAGAUGUCGGAAGUGCUGACUGAGAUUGAGAAAAUGGAUCCCACCUUUGAAAAGGAGAAGUUUCUACAACAGUGUAGGCAAGACUUAGUUCCCAAUGUACUAGAGUCUUGGGUCAGGGGAGAUCUAGAAAUCCUUCAGGACUGGUGCUAUGAAGCAGCAUUCAAUGUGUUGGGUCAACCAGUGCAACAAAAUUUAGCCAUGGGACUAAAAUCUCAGUGCAAAGUGUUAGAUAUAAGCCCUGUUGAACUGGCAGCAGGACAGCUGAUGGAGCAGGGGCCAGUGCUGAUCAUCAGCUUCUCCACACAACAAGUGGAAGCAUGGGUAGAUAAAUCUAACAAAGUUGUCUCAGGAGAUCCUGACAAACUUUUGAAGGUAGUUCAUGUGUGGGCCCUGUGCAGAGAUCAGAGUAUUCUGGACCCCAGAGCAGCAUGGCGAGUGUUGGAGUUCAGCUUCCAUCCUACUGAACAGUUGUUUUAAACCAGAACUCUGUCAGAAGAAUUUCAUCAAAAGAAAGCAUUUGUGAUCAUUACAAAUGCAGUGUUAAGAACAAGUUCUGAGGUUUCAUUUUAAUGAGCAGUUGUCCAAGAAGACAUAGAAUUGACCAAGAAGACAUAGAAUUGACCUUUUUUCAAAAGGAGGCCAUGGACUGUUCCAAUUUUUUUUUAAUUAAAACUUGUGUGCUGAAUGGAAUGCACACAUAAGAACAAAUAUUUUAAAGCAUUAAAAAUUGUUUAAAAUUUUUUAUGUUGAAACAGAAGGUAUAGUGUCUUACAUGGCUUUUUGUGAUAAUUGUUAUCACAACCACAGAGCUUGAUUGAAAUUGGAUCGAUAAAUUAUCAGUACAAUAUGAAAAUAUUUAAAAUGCAUAGAAGAAUUAUAUGGCUAAAAAUAAUGCAAACUUAUAGGUAAUGUUUUAAUAAUAAAACUGCAGUUUGAUUAAAUUAAUACGAAUUGUUUCUUAUAAGUUCAUUUUAUUCUUGCGAGUAAUUUAUCAAAUAUGCUGAAAGAAAAGACACACUCAGUGGCCAUCCGUAGUAUCUUAAAGGGAUAACAACUGUUUGUAUGAUAUCCAUAUUUUACAAUAAAUGCAUUGCAAACAACUCAUAAAAAUAUAAUCGAUUCUAUUUUACCUCCAAUACAGCAGUUCAUGCAACUAUUCUGGAAUUUUUGCUUGCCAUCACAUCAUGUGACUUCCAUAGAUGGCUAUACUCUGUAAUAAUCUCUUAAGAGAAUAUUACAAAAA